AUGAUCACCAUGGACAUUUCCUUUGAUCCCUUCAACUUUGGUGCCACGACGUUGGCCCUCAUCAUCGCGGCGAUUGAGCUAUACUGGGCUCGCCCUCGCCGUGCUCAUCAAGACAAAUGCAACAAGCUUGAUGAUCAAGACCGCAACUACUAUCAUGUCCAAUUUUGUCUCGAGUUUCAUCAUUCCGACCACGGGAAGACAGAACCAGAAACUAUCAGUCAUACCAGAUCCUACGAGCUCUCCCAGCUGUUGGCAUAUCGCGUCAUCGCCCCCGACCGACAUAUCGUACCCGUUUCUGUUUGA